AUGCCAAUGCACCCUGUAGCUCUUGGUAGUCAAUCCAAAUCCUCUUCCCAUCACUCUUUCCUCUAUCAACGUCGCCAUUCAUUUAGAGACAUUACAACUUCAAGGAUCCAUCAACAACAGAGAAUCCCUUUACUGCAUCAUUCUGUAAAAUCGCCUCCACCCUUACUUCAUAAAUCUUCUGUAGCUAGAUGGAAAACACAGCCAUCGAGACAUCCGGGUGUUCAUGAAGCUAUUUUCUUUGCUGACCAACCGGUUACCGGAAAUCUUGGAUUCUGUGGCUACAUGCUUACAAUAAUGUCUACAAUCUUCUUAUUAUUGACAGCCCCCAUUUCAGUUUUCUUUUGCAUUAAAAUUGUAAAGGAAUAUGAACGUGCUGUUAUUUUCCGCUUGGGAAGGUUAAUUCCUGGCGGUGCCAGAGGGCCAGGCCUUUUCUUUAUUAACCCUUGCAUUGACAAUUUUCGAAUUGUGGAUCUUAGAGUGUUAACUUUCGAUGUACAACCCCAAGAGAUUCUUUCGAGAGACGCAGUAACGGUGGCGGUAGAUGUAGUUGUUUACUUUAGAAUUUCUAAUGCUACAAUUUCUGUUACUAACGUGGAAGAUUCUAGUCGUUCUACUAAAUUAUUAGCUCAAACAACCCUUAGAAAUGUUCUUGGAACUAAAACUUUGGCUGAAAUGCUUAGGUAG